CAUUUUAUUUCCUUUUUCCCAGAAAAAUCAAUUGAAUAGCGGCCACUGAUACAGAAUUUCGUUACUUAAAGUAUGGUUAGGUCUCAAAAUACAGCUUUCAAUACUUUGCUGCUUAGUUAAAUUAGAGAAGAUGACUCGAAAAGUCAAAGUAGAGCAAUCCAGUUUCUGAUGGAUGGAGGUCUAACACUGUUACACAUCAAAUGUUGCAAAAUCUGGAAUGCAUCAGUAAAAUACUGUCUAAUGGACUAUGGGAAUAGAAUUCCGUUCCAUGCAACAAUGAAUCUCUUCAUUGAAACUUUAACUGGUACUUGUUUUGAACUUCGAGUCUCACCCUUCGAAACAAUUUUAUCAGUGAAAGCAAAAAUUCAACGUUUGGAAGGAAUUCCAAUUUCUCAGCAGCAUCUUAUAUGGGAAGGUACAGAGUUAGAUGAUGACUUUUGUCUUCAUGAUUAUAGGAUAAAAGACAGCUGUAUGCUAAAAUUGGUUUUAGCUAUGAGAGGUGGCCCAAUAAACACAAGAAGAAUUGCCAUGGACGAACCUAGUAUCCUUGAUAUGGCUGAUUAUAUAGAUGCUAAUCAAGAGGAAUUGCUUGAAGAACUUUCUGUUUCACCUAGUACUGGUAGAGGGGAAAAUAAUUCACAGGUAACACUACUGGUCUACAGAAACGGAGAUCAAAUCAAUUUCUUUCGAGUUGUUGACCGAGGUGAUGGUGCCCUUUCACCAGUAUCAGAAUCUUUUAGUGGCACCUCAUAUUCCGAAAUUGAUGAUGUCGCAGAAAUGACAAGUAAGCAAACAAGAACUUUGUCUCGGUUGAUUGAAAAUCGAAUAACAGCAUCAAAAAUGAAACAUCUUCAAAAUAGAAUGCACGACCUACAAGUGAAAGAUAAUUCUUCUGUAAUGAAGAUGGCGUCCACAAGUACAACAUCAAAAAUAGAGAAAGUCGGAAACCCACUACCCAAAUUGGACAGAAUAAAGAGAAACAAAUUGGAUCAAAUUAAAACAUCGUCCGCAAUAGAGCAAGAAGUCAUUUAUGAUUCUGAAGAAGAAAAAUUUCCUGAACCCUCAGAUGAUUCAGAUCGAAAAAGUCCAAGAACGGAGCGCUUAUUGAAAGUUUUAAAUGGACAAAAGUCGAACAGCACAACAUCACAACAAAAAACUUCUGUCGCACCUCCAUUAAAGUCAGCAUCAAGUCGAUUCUCUCACACUAUGACAUCUAAAAUGGCAUUCAAUCGCCAUGAUAUGUAUCUUCGUUCAUAUGGUCUGUUGCCACCUCAGCCUCCUCAAGAUGAGAUGGUUGAAAAUCCGAUCACAGAAUCAAGAACAACUGCAGGCUUGACAACCUCAUCGAUCACCUCAAAUGGUGCCACCGGUAUCACCAAAACAGAAGGCAAGAUUUUGCAACCAAAUCCACCUUACACAGCAAACACGAGCACCCAUUCGUGGUGUAGACGUUUCAAAACGCCUACAAGAGGAAAUAAAUAUCACUCACACCAUACAAGCUUGAUAAACUCCGAACUGAAACCAUUAGCGCCCACUGUGAAAAAUAAUUCUACUGCUACUUCAGAAACCAUUGUUCAAGCAAGCCAAGCCACUAGGAGAGAGUUAGCUCUUCCUCCCGUGCCUCAGUUACCCCCCUUGACAACGUCUAACGUUUGUCGAUCAGCAAGAACUGAUAGGAUUAGGGAUCCUGCAUUGGUUUCCAAAACUGACUUGUAUACAAAACUAAUAUCUGGGGAAUCAGCACUUAAAACAACCUCAGAUCACAAGGAUAUCAAAGACACAGUUCCGUUACCCUUACCUCUUGGAUAUACUGGUAUUGUAAAUGCUACAAAGACCAAAGAUAUGAAACGCCAAGAUUUCAAUGAAAAGCCAACAGUUUUGUCCAAAGUUAUGCCAUUGGGAGUUACAGUUUCUGAAACACCUCUUAUCAAACCAGACCAUAAUUUUUUAUUCGGUCCCAAUGAUGAUCAUGAUCAUAUGACAAAUGGUAGAGCCAAACACUCCACAUCUAAUCCAUCUAUACCAGCGGGCCUCAAGAACAAACGAGUCGAUUUUGAUGGCGACGUAACAUCAUUGGACGUUGAUUGCCUCAGAGCACUCUCUUGUUAUUCACGAAAAUCUCCCCAUUCUCCCAAUAGUAUACUCCCUCCUGUAAGGCCUCUCGUUAUUAAAAAGAAAAAGUGUGUUUGGUGUGGAAAGAAAACUGGUCUUGCUACAUCUUACACUUGCAGAUGUGGGAAGAACUUCUGUGCCACACAUCGAUAUGCUGAAACACAUGAUUGCACUUUUGAUUACAAGUCUAGUGGAAGGCAGUUGUUAAAAGAGAACAACCCCAUUGUGACUGCACCAAAACUGCCUAAAAUUUAAGAUUUUUUGCCGAUUUUGUUUUUGAUAAUUGUGUGAAAUUAAUAUCGAUAUUGUUAGUUUUUUCCAUUGAAACAUGUUUUCAAGUAUU